AUAAAAAAAAAAAGCCUAAUUUGGAGGCGGUCUCCCGAAAUUCAGAGUCCAAAGAACCCAAAUCCCUAUAGCCCUUACUCAAUCUUCUUCGUCUACCUCCGAAUUCGUCGGUUGCAGACUCGCCAUCGCCGCCAAAUUCGCCGAAUCCUCUGAACCAACGAUGUCGUACGAUGACGUGGAGAUAGAAGACAUGGAGUGGAACGAGGAGCUGCAGGCCUUCACGUACCCAUGCCCCUGCGGCGACUUGUUCCAGAUCACGAAGGAGGAUCUUAAGCUCGGCGAAGAGAUUGCUCGGUGUCCUAGCUGCUCUCUUUACAUCACUGUCAUCUACAACAUGGAAGAUUUUCUCGGAGACUCUGUUCAGAAGAAUCAGCCUUCUAAACAACGGCCUACCGUUGUCGCUUAAGAAUUCAGAGUGCUCGGUGAUGAAUCAUGGUGUCACCACUGCAGCUGCACUUGUUGCAGAUGAAAUUUUGUCAGCAAAAUUCUGAGGUCUUUGUUGCCAUUAAAGUUUAUUCCUUUUCUUUUAUUUUUUUUUUAUCAGAAUUAUCCAUAAAAUAGAGGAAGGUAGAGUUGUAUGCGGAAAAGUUCAUCAAAGUACUAUUUUUGUUCCUUAUACAUGGAUCUUUGAUCUUUUCACACGAUAAUUGUUUUGAGUUGAGAUUUCCUUGGUCGAACACGUCUUCAUCGUCUGAUAAUGGAUAACUCAGACAUAAAAUAGAUUAAGUUCCCUAAUUAUGUAUUUAAACUUUUGAUUGAAAGGGUAAUGACUUGUUACUUUUUCUGUUCUCA